GAUCGCUGCUCAUGCUGUAAAACCAAAGGAAGAAGAGGUUUUCCUGUCGGUAGGAAGGGUUCUGUUGUAAUACUGUUUAUGGUCAAUGUAGUGAAUCAACCUGUUCGUAGUGUCUUUUUUUUUUUUUUAAAGAAAAUACAUAAUUGUGUCCAUGUUAGCCUACUUUCAGUCGCCUACAACGUCUAAAUGAGAGAACGUUAGCCCGCCGGAGAGCUUUUAGAAAUGGCUGCCGACGAUAUUGACUAUAAUAUUGUAUUUCCGGAUGCGGGCACAUCAGAGAGACACUGGCAGGGGACAAAGGAGCCAGUUGUGAUCCUGUUGGGCUGGGCUGGGUGCAAGGACAAACACCUCUCCAAAUACAGCUCCAUCUACAAUGACAAGGGAUGCGUCACCAUCCGCUACACCGCACCCCUGAAGACCGUCUUCAUCUCCGAGACGUUCGGCUACAAGGAGCUGAGCGGCACCGCGCUCAAGCUGCUGGAGGUCCUCUACGACUACGAGGUGGAGAACAGCCCCGUCUUCUUCCACGUCUUCAGCAACGGCGGCUUCAUGCUCUACCGGUACAUCGUGGAGCUGCUGCACAGCGACAAGCAGUUCAGCUCGCUGCGCGUGCUCGGGGCGGUGGUGGACAGCGCGCCUGGCAGCGGAAACGUCCGAGGCGCCCUGCGCGCGCUCACCGCCACCCUGGGGCCCCGGAUAAGCCCCGUUUUAAAGUACGUCCUCCUGGCGCUUUUCGCGGUGAGCGUCUUCCUCCUGCGGAUCGUGCUGUAUCCGGUGACGAAGUUCAUCCACAAGAACCACUACGACGCCGUGCGAGAGCGGCCGCCCGCCUGGCCCCACUUCCUGCUGUACUCCGGAGCAGACCAGGUGAUCAGGCACAGGGACAUCGAGCUUUUCGCGGAGACCGUGGUAAAGAAGGGCGUCGCCGUGCACACCUGCGACUUCGCCUCCAGUGCCCACGUCUGCCACUUCCGUGAUUUUCCCGAGCAGUACUCUCGCAAGUGCCGUGACUUCCUGGUGGCUUGCAUGAAGGACUCCAAAGGACCCGAAACGAAAAAGAGACAACACGUUCAGAGUCAGUGAAGCUUUGCUCUCUCCAGAGUUUAAGAUAAUAUGACUACUAAGCCUUUUUUUAUUUACUUUCUGUGGUUUGAAAAAUCCAAGAAACUGUAAAGCUUUCUUCUCAUGACUUCUGCUACAUUUCAAUUUAAUGUCCCAGGGCACUGUAAGGGAAAGUUCCACUUGUCUAAAUUAGUUUAUUUUAAUAAGAUAAACUCAUUUAAACUACCGUAUUUUCCGCACUAUAAAACGCACCUAAAAACCUUCAAUUUUCUCAAAAGCCCAGAGUG